AUGGCAUACAACGGCGAAGGCGGUGCGGUGGGCAAGGAGACCAUCAACACCGAGAUCGUCACGCUCUCGCGAUACCUCAGUGAAGAGCAAGCAAAGCAUCCGGAAGCGACUGGUGAUUUCACCCUCUUGUGCCACGCACUGCAGUUCUCCUUCAAGUCGAUAGCGUACUACAUCCGGCGAGCCUCGCUUAUCAACCUGUCCGGCCUGGCAGGAUCCUCGAACACGACCGGAGAUGACCAGAAAAAGCUCGACGUGAUUGGCAAUGAUAUCUUCAUCGCGGCCAUGCGGUCCUGCGGCCGUGUCAAGGUGUUGGUGUCCGAGGAGAACGAGGAAGCAAUCGUCUUUGACCAUCCAGAUGCUCGAUACGCUGUGGCCUGCGAUCCAAUCGAUGGGAGCAGCAAUUUGGAUGCCGGUGUGUCUGUUGGUACCAUCUUCGGUAUCUACAGACUGAAGGAGGGUGUUAAAGGCACCAAGGAGGAUCUGCUUCAUCCAGCCACCGAUCUCGUGGCAGCUGGUUUCACCAUGUACGGUGCUUCGGCACAGCUGGUGCUGACCAUGAAGGGAGGCGCGGUCAACGGCUUCACCAUGGACAAUGCAUUGGGCGAGUUCAUCCUCACUCACCCCGACAUGCAGAUGCCCAAGAAGCGCGCGAUUUAUAGUUGCAACGAGGGUAACAGCAAGUACUGGGAAGAGCCAGUGAAGGAGUGGGUUGAGAGCCUGAAGCAGGCCGAGAAGCCAUACUCUGCGCGUUACAUCGGCUCGAUGGUGGCCGAUGCGUACCGAACGCUGCUGUACGGCGGCAUCUUCGCAUAUCCAGCCGACAAGAAGUCGCCCAAGGGCAAGCUGCGGAUCUUGUACGAGUGCGGACCGAUGGCCAUGGUUUUCGAGAAUGCUGGCGGUCAAGCGGUCGACAGCAAGAUGCGACGAAUGGUGACGGUGGUACCCGAGCACAUCCACGACCGAAGCGGUAUCUUCCUGGGCAGCUACGAAGAGGUGCAGAAGGUCAUUGAUAUCCACAAGAAGCAUGGAAUAACGGCGUAG